AUGGAACAAUCUGUCAGGAGUAUAGAUGGUGCAAGAUCAGUUGCUGGCGCUGGAAGGACAAUUAUAGACCGUGAAUCAAUAAACCAAAGAGCAUUACAACUACUACAAAGGAAUAGACAGAGACGACUGCUUUUGAAACGAAGCGAAGAUAGGGCAAGGUAUAUACCAGAACGCCGUGAACAAAAAAGAGAACUAGAUGAGACAUUAGAGACUCGUAAUGUCCCGCAACAUCACAUAAGUGCCCAUGAAAGGAUAACGAAAGCUAAGUCGCAUGGGAGUAAAUACAAACCUAGCGAUCUGGCAUUGGCUGAGAUACGCAAGUAUCAACGUUCUACAGACUUGCUAAUUUCGAGAAUGCCGUUUGCCAGAUUGGUAAAGGAAGUUACAGACCAGUUUGCCAGCGAUGAGGAGCCUCUUCGAUGGCAAUCGAUGGCAAUUAUGGCCCUUCAAGAGGCCAGCGAGGCAUAUUUAGUUGGUCUAUUGGAACACACAAAUCUAUUGGCUCUUCAUGCCAAGAGAAUCACAAUCAUGAGGAAAGAUAUGCAGCUAGCAAGACGGAUCAGAGGUCAAUUCAUUUAA